UCUCGCGUCCUGGCAUCACUGUUUACUAGUUCUAUGAUAGACGACAAUAUAUUUGUAGUAAAUAAAUUUAAUAAGUGUAAAAGUGUAAUUUUUCCUUUGACGUAAGGUUUAACAAUUUCAAUAAAAAGACAUUUAUUUUUUUCAACGUGAAUAAUUAUCAAAUAUUCUUAACCUAUUUUUAAAAUACAAUUACAAUUCGUAUAAAAUGGACAAUAUAUUUGGAAAAGAAGAUUCAGAGAAUGAAAGUGAGCCUAUAGAAUUAGAUGAUAAAGAUGAUAAAUAUGACAAAGAUGAUAAAUAUGACAAAGAUGACAAAGAUGACAAAGAUGAUAAAGAUGACAAAAAUGAUACAGAUGAUAAAAAUGAUACAGAUGACAAAUUUAAUAUGUCAUUAGGUUCUUCAAUAUCUAAGGAUAAUGACAAUAUGGAUUUAGAUGGACCAAUAAAGGGAGAACUUGAUACAGCAAGUUCCCAAUCUCAAUCAGAUACAGAAGAAAUAGGUUCUAAUUCAAUAUGCAUGACAACGGAUGAUCAAUUAGAAAUAGUAAAACACGAAAUAGAAAUUAAAGAUGAAGAACCAAGUACAGAAGAUAUUUUUGGCAAUGAUAUUAUGUUACCUCAAUCUAAUCAUACGACUAUUAAAGAAAGAAGAGAAAGUAAGGAAAAAAGUAAAAAGGAGUUGGAAGAGGAAGAAAGAGAGAAAAUGCAAGUACUUGUUUCUAACUUUACGGAGGAUCAAUUGGAUAGAUAUGAAAUGUAUAGGCGAGCUGCAUUUCCAAAAGCAGCUAUAAAGAGGAUUAUGCAAACUAUAACAGGUUGUUCUGUAUCUCAAAAUGUUGUUAUAGCAAUGUCAGGAAUUGCUAAAGUGUUUGUCGGUGAAAUAGUAGAAGAAGCUUUGGAUGUAAUGGAAGCUAGUGGAGAAACUGGACCAUUACAACCUAAACAUUUAAGGGAAGCAGUUCGCAGAUUAAGACUUCAAGGACAAAUUCCAAAUGGUCGUGCACAUAAAGCAUUUUUUAGAUUGUAAAUUAAUAUUGAAAUUCAUUUUCUUCAUAUAGCUUUCGUUUUUAUUGUAAUUAAAGUAA